AUGCUCAAGGAUGCUGGGAUUGUUGACCUGACUGGGUACCACUGUAGGAGUGGAGAUCACCUCGAUCGUGACGGAAACGGUCCAUCCGACGAUUACAUUGACAGAGGUCCUCACCGUUGGAGUCACACGGGCGCAGACAUCCUCACCAACCUCACCAAACGCCGGGCCGUCGUCGCAGCCGCCGCCGUCGCCACAGUCAGAAGUGACUGGGAGACAGACACAAUCGGAACUUGGCUCAGCAAACGCAGAUCAAACACCGACAUGGUCAUCCGACGCUUUAAUGCCGAGCCAACUCACUACUUGGCUGCCAGUGUCUACACUGUCACCGGUCACCCUCACCUUGCCAACAUCGACAACUCGUCUAAUUCGGCGACCUUCUCUGCACCAACGUCGAUGGGAGGCUCGUCGCAAACCUCGAGCGUCGGGGCUGAUGCGGCAUCCAGUGCGCAGCCGAGUCCAAGCACUUGGCUUACAUUGAGCCAUGCCCCGGCUACAACCAUGAUGACAACCACUUCAAUUUCGAGUUCUCAUCUUAUAUACCCUUCGCUGUCCCCUUCGUCCGCCACAGCAUCAUCUACCGGCAUUGCUUCAGACGCCAGCUCCCUCGAUAGCCAACUGAGUCACGGCAGACCUUCGUUAUCGACGGGCGCCAUUGUGGGAUGUGUUGUCGGAGGAGUCAUUGGCCUGGGACUGGUCAUACUUGCCUGCCUGUUUUGUCUCAGACGCAAGGGAAUUCAGGUCUUGAGCAGCCUCGGGAUGAAUUCAAGGCGGAAAAGUGAUGAUUCGUUGACGACUCUUCACGCCAUGCGUGACAGUGAAGCUUUCCCAAUGGGCGCGGUCCUUGCCCCUCGAGCCGCGAACAUGGUACCAUCCCAUGCGACGACCCCUCGCCCAGUCGUUGCUGAGCCGGUCAAGCAAGAGCCAACUACCGAUACGCGGGGUCUUGCGCAAAAGUUCCACGCGAAACAUGGGGCCCUUUCUGCACGCUGCUCGGUUACUCCGCUCAUCCAAGUGCAGCCCUGUUCCCGUGCGCCCUCGACCCUCUCUCACCUGUCAUCUCAACAAUCGGCGGAGACAAAGCUGGACUAUAUGGAACAAGCAGAGUUUGGCACUGCACCCAGUGCCACAUCCGACUAUGAAAGCGUCGAUGACCCUGAGAAGAGCGUGAUGAUGGUCGAUUUCUCUAAUUUUCCCGAGGAUAACAGGCUUGCCCCACGGAGAGACUACGAUAUGCGUCUGAGCACGCGCAGUGACCCAUUCGAUCUCGAGUUGCCAUUAAAAUCCCUGGGAUGCCAUGCCCGGCCGUUCCAACAAGGCCCAGAGACUGGCCAUUUCUAG